AUGGAGAAUGUGUUAUUAACACUAUCAGACUCCCAGGGAGCAAUAACAUUAACAGUAAGCAAAGAAAUUGCUGAGACAAUACAGAAUGAUACUACCCACUGUCCAUCAUCUCUGUCUCAGUGUCCCCCUCCUGUUACUACUCUGUCUCAGUGUCCCCCUCCACGUCCAGCAUCUCUGUCUCAGUGUCCCCCUCCUGUUACUACUCUGUCUCAGUGUCCCCCUCCACGUCCAGCAUCUCGGUCUCAGUGUCCCCCUCCACGUCCAGCAUCUCUGUCUCAGUGUCCCCCUCCACGUCCAGCAUCUCUGUCUCAGUGUACCCCUCCACGUCCAUCAUCUCUGUCUCAGUGUCCCCCUCCUGUUACUACUCUGUCUCAGUGUCCCCCUCCACGUCCAGCAUCUCUGUCUCAGUGUCCCCCUCCUGUUACUACUCUGUCUCAGUGUCCCCCUCCUGUUACUACUCUGUCUCAGUGUCCCCCUCCACGUCCAGCAUCUCUGUCUCAGUGUCCCCCUCCUGUUACUACUCUGUCUCAGUGUUUCCCUCCUGUUACUACUCUGUCUCGGUGUCCCCCUCCACGUCCAGCAUCUCUGUCUCAGUGUCCCCCUCCUGUUACUACUCUGUCUCAGUGUCCCCCUCCACGUCCAGCAUCUCUGUCUCAGUGUCCCCCUCCACGUCCAGCAUCUCUGUCUCAGUGUCCCCCUCCUGUUACUACUCUGUCUCAGUGUUUCCCUCCUGUUACUACUCUCACAAUUAUAAACUGCUGUUUUCAUAGAAUUCACACACAGGACCACACUGCUGCUGCUUGA